GAAAUGCAUCAGGGCAGCUGGGAUGACCAAUGGGUUCUGCAGCCUUUUUGCUACAAAAGCCUCAAGCGUUUGGAACCCACCGUGGUUCAGGCCGUGCUGAAGCAGCAGCUGAAAGAAUCGACCAAAGAGAUUCGCAAGGACGGUCAUGUUCUACCACUUGCUGCGAGUGCAGCUGUUGCAGUUGGCGAGAGUCAUGCAUGUGAGGCGGGCCCUGCAGAAGCGGAAAUUGUUGAUGCUGCAAACGCAGCCCUUGCUGAAGCUGUGGACAAUGAUGGGCAUGAAAAUGCAGAUGCCGCUAUUCGUUGGCAGUUGCUGAGUAAGUAUAAGACUGUGCAAGGCUUGGUUGCAGCUGUGAUUCGUGAGAAGAGCGAUGAGGAGCUCCACAACAUUUCAAUCAACAUCAUCUUGGACGAUAUCCAGGCAAAAGCUUCCAACAAAAUCAGCAUGUCAGAACUUCUGGAGGAGAAAGACGAGUUUGUAGCGGCUACAAUGUCCGCAGUUCCAAAAGAGCUCUCUCGACGAUUGCUUCUUGCUGUGAACAAGCCACAGGCGCAUGCCGGGCGACCAGCACAAAUAGAUUCACAAUGUGUCCAAAAGACUUACCUGCUCACCUUCUCCAACCUGGAUCCAAGCAAUGCUCCCACCAGGGAAACCAUCCUUGAGACCGUCUUGCAGGCAUUUGGCGCUGCAGGCUAUGGUUCGGAUGUUUGCGUGACGCAUGCCUGCGUCUUCCGGGAGACGCAUGGCAGUGGACAGUGGCACUUCCAUGUGCCGACAGCAUUGUCGCACCCUUGUCGAUGGGUUGGAUGGAAAAAAGAGUUGUCGAAAGCUGGCUACAUUGCUCAUUUUGCCAACAUGGCUAUUGAUUACCACAGCAAGCACAGAAAAAUGCAAUAUGCCCAUAUGUUGCGGUACCUCUGGUUGCCAUCUGACAAGAAGGGCCUGUCCGCCUUGGACAAAGAUCCCUUGUUGUGGUGCAGUGGGGGCCGGAAGCAUCCGCCUCUUCUAGAUGCGAUCAAUGGGGUCUUGGACAGUACUGCAAUUGAAGAGAAGGUGGCAGAGCGUUUUUUGCAGCGUUGGUCUGCGGGCAAGCGUGGGCCAUGCAAAUUCUCUGACUUGGAGUUAUGGCCAAUAGUGAAAGAACUUGGGCUCACUGCCGAUGACCCUGUCCUGCUUGCUAAACUCCUUCAGCAUGGGCGAAAUUCCGGAAAUGAAAGAUUGCUGAACUACCUCUUCCGCACAAACAACACCAUCAGAGAGAAGGUCGCCAUGUGCUGCACACUAGAAUCAUGUGAUCGCGUCAUCGCAGAUUCUCAGACAACUACGUGGAAGCGUGUCACUGCCGCCUUGGGGCGACAGUGUUGUUGUGACAGAACUUGGGCACCAGCAGCUCGCGAGAUUCUCCGCAACAAUAACAUUGAGGAGGGGAAGCUUUGCCAACAUUUGCGUCAGGCCCUCAUGCUGGGCAUGCAGAAGAAGGGAGAUGCAGUAUGCUUCACAGGUUCCGGAAACGAGGGCAAAAGCUUCAUUUUGAAGCCAUUGCGUGAAAUUUUCCAGCGCGUGUUCGCCUGUCCAGCUCGAGGGUCGUAUCCUCUCUUAGAUUUGCCGCAGUCCCAAGUGGUCAUUUUAGAUGAUUGGAGACCUGACCAUGGAGCCUUGGAUGUCAGCAGUUUGUGGCCCACCGCAGACACUCGUGGGGGACAGAAAAAGGGCCUGAUUCGGCAGCAUACAGUUUCAGUAGAUCCUUUACUCAUGUCAGUAGCCGCCGAAGCCGUGGCCUGCUUGGCAGAGAAGAAGGUGACAGAACUCCGAGCAGCCCUUCUGCUGAACCAAAAGCACAUACGAAAUUGCCAGCAGCAAUCUCGCAGAGAAGCUGCUUCGCUGCUCAAAGGCGGCCUUUCUUGCCACUCUGAGCGAAAAGUUUUGGCCGUCUAUGCUUUGUCAAACUGGGAUUUGAGUUUGGCUCUGCGAGCGGCACAGCGGCUGUCCCGCGGUGAACCGCAGCAGCUUGAGUUUCUGUGGCAACUGGGUCAAGCUCCUCGAGAAUUUUUCGCCAGCAGACAAUGGGCCCACGCUUUCGAAAGCGUUGGGUGCGGGCGAGAUGUGACAAAGUUGCAUUCCGCCUUGCGAAAUUUCAUGCAGAAUCCAGUGUCCUUACCGCUUCCUGCCGAACCCACUCCGGCAGAGAUGGCUCUCAUUUGGCCUAAAAGGGCCGUGCUGAAGCAGCAGCUGAAAGAAUCGACCAAAGAGAUUCGCAAGGGCGCCUGCGUUUCUUUCGUUUGUGUCUUGUCCUCCUUGUGGUCUUUGUCCCUGUCUUCUUGUGCCUACAGCGACCUCGAGCUCUACACGCAGCGGCCCCUUGGCUUGCUUGUGGACGGUCAUGUUCUACCACUUGCUGCGAGUGCAGCUGUUGCAGUUGGCGAGAGUCAUGCAUGUGAGGCGGGCCCUGCAGAAGCGGAAAUUGUUGAUGCUGCAAACGCAGCCCUUGCUGAAGCUGUGGACAAUGAUGGGCAUGAAAAUGCAGAUGCCGCUAUUCGUUGGCAGUUGCUGAGUAAGUAUAAGGCUGUGCAAGGCUUGGUUGCAGCUGUGAUUCGUGAGAAGAGCGAUGAGGAGCUCCACAACAUUUCAAUCAACAUCAUCUUGGACGAUAUCCAGGCAAAAGCUUCCAACAAAAUCAGCAUGUCAGAACUUCUGGAGGAGAAAGACGAGUUUGUAGCGGCUACAAUGUCCGCAGUUCCAAAAGAGCUAUCUCGACGAUUGCUUCUUGCUGUGAACAAGCCACAGGCGCAUGCCAGGCGACCAGCACAAAUAGAUUCACAAUGUGUCCAAAAGACUUACCUGCUCACCUUCUCCAACCUGGAUCCAAGCAAUGCUCCCACCAGGGAAACCAUCCUUGAGACCGUCUUGCAGGCAUUUGGCGCUGCAGGCUAUGGUUCGGAUGUUUGCGUGACGCAUGCCUGCGUCUUCCGGGAGACGCAUGGCAGUGGACAGUGGCACUUCCAUGUGCCGACAGCAUUGUCGCACCCUUGUCGAUGGGUUGGAUGGAAAAAAGAGUUGUCGAAAGCUGGCUACAUUGCUCAUUUUGCCAACAUGGCUAUUGAUUACCACAGCAAGCACAGAAAAAUGCAAUAUGCCCAUAUGUUGCGGUACCUCUGGUUGCCAUCUGACAUGAAGGGCCUGUCCGCCUUGGACAAAGAUCCCUUGUUGUGGUGCAGUGGGGGCCGGAAGCAUCCGCCUCUUCUAGAUGCGAUCAAUGGGGUCUUGGACAGUACUGCAAUUGAAGAGAAGGUGGCAGAGCGUUUUUUGCAGCGUUGGUCUGCGGGCAAGCGUGGGCCAUGCAAAUUCUCUGACUUGGAGUUAUGGCCAAUAGUGAAAGAACUUGGGCUCACUGCCGAUGACCCUGUCCUGCUUGCUAAACUCCUUCAGCAUGGGCGAAAUUCCGGAAAUGAAAGAUUGCUGAACUACCUCUUCCGCACAAACAACACCAUCAGAGAGAAGGUCGCCACGUGCUGCACACUAGAAUCAUGUGAUCGCGUCAUCGCAGAUUCUCAGACAACUACGUGGAAGCGCGUCACUGCCGCCUUGGGGCGACAGUGUUGUUGUGACAGAACUUGGGCACCAGCAGCUCGCGAGAUUCUCCGCAACAAUAACAUUGAGGAGGGGAAGCUUUGCCAACAUUUGCGUCAGGCCCUCAUGCUGGGCAUGCAGAAGAAGGGGGAUGCAGUAUGCUUCACAGGUUCCGGAAACGAGGGCAAAAGCUUCAUUUUGAAGCCAUUGCGUGAAAUUUUCCAGCGCGUGUUCGCCUGUCCAGCUCGAGGGUCGUAUCCUCUCUUACAUUUGCCGCAGUCCCAAGUGGUCAUUUUAGAUGAUUGGAGACCUGACCAUGGAGCCUUGGAUGUCAGCAGUUUGUGGCCCACCGCAGACACUCGUGGGGGACAGAAAAAGGGCUUGAUUCGGCAGCAUGACCA